AUGGCGGACUCCAACUCCGUCGAAAAAGGCGCGUACGUCCAAGAUGUGCCGGUAUCUCCAACGGGCUCAACCACGGAGCAUGGUUUCGAUCGCGCUGCCGAACGGCGACUUAUCAGAAAUUUAGAUCUGCGGAUCUUGCCAGUGCUCUGGAUCUUAUAUCUUGUCAACUUCAUCGACCGAGCCAACAUCGGCAACGCAAAGAUUCAAGGCAUGGAGAAAGAGCUGAACCUAAUUGGCCAACGUUUCAACAUCGCCGUGUGGGUCUUUAACCUAGGGUAUCUAGUCGCUGGCGUGCCGUUGCAGAUCGCCUUUAAGAAGUACGGACCGAAGAGUCUCUGUGUGAUGAUGUUCUGCUGGGGCAUUACGGUCAUCGGGUGCGGACUGGUCAAACGAUGGGAGGAGCUUGUAGUCUGUCGCUUGCUAGAGGGUAUCGCCGAAUCUGCAUACAUCAGCGGAGCGGCAUACUUGAUCGGCGCAUACUACUCGAAGCGUGAAUAUCUGACUCGCUACGUAUUUUUCUGCACGGCUGGCAUCGUUGCAGGUGCGAUCAACGGAUGGAUCUUCAUCAUCGAAAGGCUGAAGCCUUGA